CUGCCGCCCACCGCCACCACGCUGGACCUCAGCCACAACGCCCUCGCCCAGCUCCACGACCGCUGGCUGGCCGCCCUCCCGCACCUCGAGGCCCUGCACAUCAGCCACAACCAGAUUAAGGACCUGUCUCCGCAGGCUUUCCACAAUGCCUCCCACCUGCGGCACCUCGACCUCUCCUCCAACCGCUUGCGCGCCGUGGAGACGCACUACUUCGACGCGCUGGUGAGCUUGGAGGAGCUGCUGCUCUACAACAACCGCAUUACGCGAGUAGACGAGAACGCCUUCGCCAAGCUGAGCGGCCUGCGGAAGGUCUACCUGAGCUGGAACAACCUCACCGCCUUCCCCUUCCGCUCCGUGCAAGGGCUGGGCAACUACAGCCUCCGCACGCUGGACCUCUCCUCCAACAGCCUGAGCAGCAUUCCCGUGGAGGAGCUGGCGGCUCUGCCCGAAAACAUCAGGAACGGCUUGUACCUGCACAACAACCCCAUCAGGUGCAGCUGCCCGCUCUACCUGAUGCUCCAGCGCUGGAGGCAGCAAGGUUUCAGCUCCGUGAAGGACUUCUUCGAGGAGCACACCUGCCAGGUGUCUGACAACGUGCCCCGCUCCCUGAUCAAGUUCCUCAAAUACAGCCACAUGUUCGAGAACUGCUCGGCAGGCCCCGAAGACACGCACCCCGUGCCCUUCCCUGUGAUGGUGGGCCAGACCCUCCUGCUGACCUGCAACGCCAGCCUGCCGGCCUCCGCUGCCACCUACAUGUGGAUCUCCCCUCGCCACGAGCCCAUCAAGCACCCGGGGAACAGCAACCGCUCCCUGGAGGUCUACCGCAACGGCAGCCUGAAGAUUGCGGCGGCCAAGCCCUGGCACUCGGGGGUCUAUUCCUCCAUCCUCAGUACCACUCCCCCCGCCACCGACGGGCCAAACCGCAAGGUCAGCGCCAACAAGCACGUGGUCUUCCUCGAGCCCAUCAGGGAGACGCAGAACGGCAAGAUCCGCCUGGCCCUCGGCGAGGACUUCCCCGACGCCAAGCACCCCAAGGUGCUGCAGCUCAAGUCGGACUCGGAGUCCAUCAGCUCUGUCUUUUCGGACACCCCCAUCGUGUCGUAG